GUAAUUCGAGAGAUUCAUGUUUGCUCUCGAUGAGGGUAAAAAGGCCGAGUCUUGAGGGGUUCAUCACUCAUCGAUUGCCGUGACCAUGGUGAGACUAGUAGUGAUUCUCUUUCUCGCGAUUGGGGCCUUUGCUGCCAAUGAAGAGAAUGACGGCCUGUUUGAAGGGGAUAUAGUAUUGACAGAUGAACAGAAAACUCAGUUGAACUCCAGAGCUGCCAUUAAGACAAAUCAUUGGACAAAUGGCGUAGUUCCUUACGAGCUGGACCCGUCUAUAUCCAGCUCAAGUUACGCUGUAAGUGUGAUCAACAGCGCAAUCGCCGAGUACAACCAGAAGACAUGCAUCCGCUUUCGACCGAGAGUACCCAGCGAUAAAUAUGGACUGAAAAUCUUCAAGGGUGGUGGGUGUUGGUCCUAUGUCGGAAUGUCAAUGCCGACGCAGCAACUUUCCCUCGCUGGAGGAUGCUGGAGUAAAGGAAUCGUCAUCCAUGAGUUUGCCCACGCCCUUGGUUUCUACCACGAGCAGUCUCGCCCCGACAGAGAUCAGUUCGUCGAGAUCAAAACAGAAAACAUCAGAGACGGCGUGGCAUCAAACUUUAAAAAACACAGCUUUAAUUACGUCACCACACAUGGCACCCCUUACGACUAUGGCAGCGUGAUGCAUUAUGGGGCGUAUGCAUUCAGCAAGAAUGGCAAACCAACGAUCGUAGCCAAGCAACCCGGGGUGAUACUGGGGCAGAGACGAGGGCUAAGCGACAUCGACACAAAGCAAAUAAACAUACACUACAGAUGUGGGACGGCUACACCUCCACCAACACCCCCACCAACCCCCCCACCAACUACUCUCCCCCCAACAACACAGCCACCACCUCAGCCAACCGGAGAUUUAAAGUGCAACUUUGAUUCUGAUCUAUGUGGAUUUUUGCAAUUGUCCGGGGAUAAUUUUGAUUGGGUAAAGCGAAGCGGAAGUACCCCAUCCGGGGAAACUGGGCCUACCAGUGAUCACACUUCCGGUUCCGGCUCCUACAUGUACAUUGAGGCCUCAGAAAAAGGUAAAGACACCAGGGCAAAGCUGGAGAGAAGCAUCAUCUUCAACGGGAGAAAGUGCAUGUCUUUCUGGUACCACAUGUACGGGUCAGGCAUGGGAGAGCUCAACGUCUAUGUGGCCGGGAACAAAAUUUUCUCUCGAUCAGGGGAUCAGGGAAAUCAAUGGAACAAGGCAGCGGUCCGGAUCAACGUAAACGGAAUGAGACCGGUUGUGAUUGAAGGAGUCGUAGGAAAGGAUUAUAGGUCAGAUGUGGCUAUUGACGACUUCACGAUCGAGGACUGCAGCGGUGGUGGAACUGUGCCCCCUGCACAAAGUUUUGAGUGCAACUUCGAUAAUGACUGCGGCUUUAUCCAGCGCCCGAUGCCCGAGGACAAAUUUGACUGGACUCGAAGACAGGGAGCCACACCCUCCGGGGGCACUGGACCAAACGGAGAUCACACAAACGGGCAAGGAUACUACAUGUACAUGGAGGCGUCCAAUCCCCGCAAACAAGGCGAGAAUGCCAUAAUGGACAAGACCAUCACCUUUGGCGGCGCCACAUGUCUGACAUUCUACUAUCACAUGCUGGGCCAGCACAUGGGGACACUGAACGUGUUCGUGGGCUCAAGAAGGCUCUUCAGCAAAUCGGGGGACCAGGGAUCCCAGUGGCACUUGGCUGAGCUAUCAUUCGUACACACAGGAGACGACAAGUUGUCCUAUGAGGCAAUUCGUGGGUCUGAGUAUCAGGGAGACAUCGCGAUUGACGACAUCAAGGUCAUUUCUGGCGCCUGUGGGUCCACCCCAUCGCCUAAGCCUCCAACAGCUCCACCAAACACGCCGCCGCCACCGGUGACACCUCCGCCACCGAACACGCCGGCACCCCCAGCCGACUUCAGGUGCGACUUUGAUGUGGACGUCUGUGGCUUCGUUCAAGACACCCAGGAUGUAUUUGAUUGGAUAAGGAUGAAGGGCAACACCGGGUCCUCGGGAACAGGGCCGAUUGGCGACCAUACUUCCGGAAAAGGCUAUUAUAUGUACAUGGAAGCAUCUAACCCACGAAAUCGAGGAGACAAUGCGAAGAUCCACCACGCGGUGACCUUGGGGUCGAGCUCAUGCCUGAGAUUCUACUACCACAUGCUGGGCCAGCACCAGGGAACGCUGAACGUGUUCGUGGGCUCAAGAAAAGUUUUCAGCCAAUCGGGUAACCAGGGUGCGAAUUGGAAGCUUGCUGAAGUUGACAUCACGCAGAGCGGUUGCCAUAAGCUUGUGUUUGAAGCCAUUCGAGGGGAGGAGUACCAGGGAGACAUUGCCAUCGAUGAUAUCAAACUCACAUCCGGAGCAUGCGAUUCACCAACGAAUCCUCCUCCAGUAACAAAUCACCCACCGAACACCCCGGCACCACCAGCAGGUUCAUGUGGUAUUCGGCCGAACACGCGCAUAGUGGGAGGGACCGCUGCCAAGCACGGCGAUUGGCCAUGGCAGGCUCAGCUUAGAACCACCUCAGGGUUCCCAUACUGCGGUGGGUCAUUGAUCGCCCCUCAGUGGAUUCUCACCGCCACUCACUGCGUCGAACGGAAACAGGCGUCUUCUAUCGUGAUCAGACUCGGAGCUCGCCGCAGAGUGGCGACAGUGGGAACAGAAAAAGACUACAUUGUGACCAAGGUCAUCACUCAUCCGAGCUACCACAAGCCCAAGACAUAUUCGCACGAUAUCGCACUCCUUAAGCUGGACAAGCCCGUCCUGUACACAAAGAAUAUCCACCCCGUGUGUCUCCCUGAAUUGGACCCUGAGCCAGUCGACGGGAAGCACUGUUGGGUCACAGGAUGGGGUCGACUGUCCUCUGGAGGGUCCACGCCCGACUACCUACAGCAGGUGUCUGUCCCCAUAAGGAGUCGAGCGCGCUGUGACAGUUCUUAUCCCAACAAGAUCCACGAUUCUAUGAUCUGCGCGGGGAUAGACAAGGGUGGUAUCGACGCUUGUCAGGGAGACUCGGGUGGUCCAAUGGUGUGCGAGAACGGAGGGCGGUUCUAUAUCCAUGGGGCCACUAGCUGGGGGUAUGGUUGCGCGGCACCUGGGCUCUACGGGGUCUAUGCCAAAGUAAAGUAUCUGCUUCCUUGGAUCAAAGACGAGAUGGCCAAGAACUGAGAUGGAAAAAAUUAAGUGAUGUAAAACAUACAGGUAUUCAAUAAAAGGAACGAACUCUAAA